UUGGCAUCUCUGUCUCUGUUGUUACUUGUUUGACGGAUGUGGAGCGAUUGGAUGUUGUGAAUUUACAAUGCAAUCAGAGGAUGCGAGAUAUUUAAAGAAGAAAAUUCGAUCAAGGUCUAUAGAUGUCCAUCCAACUGAGAAAGCUUUGGUGGUUACAUAUGAACUAGAAGCUUUUAUUUUAGGUGAUCUUGGUGACCCACUCCUAGGUGACAGAAAGGAAUGCCAAAAAAUCAUAAGACUGAAAAGUUUAAAUGAAGACACAAACUGUGCAGUCCUUGCAGAAGAAGUAAUAGCAAAAUGUAGCCUCAUUCAUCCAAGUAAACUCCAAGAAGUGACACAGCUCAUAUAUUAUUUGCAAAACAGGAAGGAUGUGGGAAAUGCAUGUGAAAAAGUUGAAAACAUGCGACCAGGUUCUUCCUGUUCCUCUUCUGAUGCUCCAUCUUCAAACGAUGCAAAUGCAGAAAAGGCCAAUAUAAACAACAUUGAACAGUAUGUGGAGUUGCUGUAUGAAGAUAUUCCAGAAAAAGUAAAUGGUUCAGCCCUGAUAUUACAAUUAGCAAGAAAUCCAGAUAAUCUGGAGGAACUUGCAACUAAUGAAUCUGUGUUGAGCGCCUUGUCACGAGUUUUGAGAGAAGACUGGAAGAAGAGUAUAGAAUUAAGCACAAAUAUUGUUUACAUAUUCUUUUGUUUUUCAACUUACUCACAGUUUCACCGUGUUAUUCUACAGUAUAAGAUAGGAUCACUCUGCAUGGAAAUUAUAGACUAUGAACUUCGACGGUAUGAUCAAUGGAAAGAAGAUAAAGAGUCAAAGCGAAGGAAGUGUGAAGGCAAUCAAAACAGAUGCUCAAUGUCAGCAAUCGAGAGUCACCGUUAUCAGUCUGAAAGUAUUGAUGUCCCAUCAGAACCGAGGCGACGCCUUGCUGAUGGAAUUUCUCACAUACCCAUAGCAGCUGGAGAGAAUCGGAGAAGGCCUAUAGAAGGCAUUCAUAGUGCUAAUGAUGGAUGGAAAAAACAGCUAAAUUACCAAAGUUCUCAGGCUGCUGAAUCCCCAAGUGACAUCAAAAAAUUAACAGAAGAUUAUGAAAAACUGAAGCUGAAGUUUCAGAACCUAGUUAAGAAGCAAGAUCAGCUAUUAAGAGUUUCCUUCUAUCUCUUGCUGAACAUUGCUGAAGAUACAAAAGUGGAGGAUAAAAUGAGGAAAAAGAAUAUUUGUGGAAUGCUUACAAAAAGUCUUGAUAGAGACAACUGUGACCUUCUAAUAUUAGUUGUCACAUUCCUGAAGAAGCUAUCAAUCUUUAGAGAAAACAUCAUUGAUAUGGCUGAUAUUGGAGUGAUUGAAAAAUUGCCCAGAGUUUUGAUGAUGAACAAUUCUGACCUCAUCCACAUUACCCUGAAACUUCUCAUGAAUUUGUCAUUUGAUACACAUCUAAGGGAAAGGAUGGUACGCGUUGGAUUAAUUCCAAAAAUUGUAACAUUAUUAGGUGAGCAGAGACAUGAAGUCAUUGUACUAAGAAUUCUGUACCACUUGAGUAUGGAUGACAAAUGCAAAUCUAUGUUCACAUAUACAGAUUGCAUACCAAUGGUCAUGACCAUGCUUCUUGAAAGUCCAGAAGAUGAACUUCAUUUAGAAUUGAUUGCACUUUGCAUCAAUUUAGCUAUCAACAAGAGAAAUGCUCAAAUGAUGAUUGAAAAUAAUCGCUUGCAAGCUCUUAUGUCACGAGCAUUUCGCAAUCAAGACUCACUUCUUAUGAAAAUGAUACGUAAUAUAGCACAGCAUGAAGAAACAAAACAAAACUUUGUAGAGUUCGUUGGUGAUAUUGCUCAGGCAGUUAUCCAGUGUACAAAUGAGGAUUUUGUUGUAGAAUGUGUUGGUGUUUUGGGAAACAUGACUAUACCUGAUUUAGAUUUCUCACAACUAAUGCAACGAUUUAACCUUAUCCCGUGGGUCAGCAAUAUAAUGGUACCAGGGAAAUAUGAGGAUGAUCUUGUGUUAGAAGUAGUGGUGCUGCUUGGGACAGCUGCUGCAGAUGAAGGCUGUGCCCAGAUUCUGUGCAAAGCUGAUAUUUUACUUUCACUCAUAGAAAUGCUCAAAGCUAAACAAGAAGAUGAUGAGAUGGUGCUGCAGAUUAUUUAUGUUUUCUACCAAAUUUUACGUCAUAUUGCUACUCGUGACUAUCUCAUUAAAGAAACUGAGGCACCAGCAUAUCUGAUUGAUUUGAUGCAUGAUAAAAAUACACAGAUCCGGAAAGUGUGUGGUGUGUGUUUGGAUAUAAUAGCGGAAUGCAAUGUUGACUGGGCCGAACGGAUAAAGCUUGAGAAGUUUCGAUGGCAUAAUUCACAAUGGCUAGAGAUGGUAGAGAGCACAGUGAUGGACAACACAACAUGCAGUCUUGAGCCUGACAUGAAUGAUAUGCCCCCAUACUAUACAGAUGACAUUCUGCAGCGCACACUUCUGUAUCCUUCAGCUUCUGACUUGGAUCUGGAUCGUACUGAUGACCUUGCAGCUGUUGUUGAUGGCCAGUCAAACAUUGGGAACAGGCCCAGAAGCAGGUAUGCUCAUGAUAUAGAACCGGACCUUGGUGAGCCAACAUCUUUCAAGAAUGCAACACAACCAUCUGAGAAGUCGUCAGAUGAAGUUAUCAGGAACAAGCUCAACAAUCUCUUCCUGACAUCAGAACAAGAUCGCUUGGAUGACGAAGAGUCCAAACAUGUGAUGAUCUGAGAUGUCUCUUUUUUUAUGUAGCUUUACAAUUCCUUGUGUGCAUUUGCUUAUAGCGCUUGCUUCCAAGCAAAAGGAUAUCAUCCUCAUUCUUUUUUUAAAAAAAUCAUUCCUCACUAUUGCAAAAGACAUAACAUCACAAUAAGUUUAAAACUGUAGCUAAGCAAUAUGGGCUACUGAAUAUUUGAGCUUAAAGAAUACAUGAAGUAGUUUGUGUUCCUGUUCAAUGCACUAAUGUGUAGUCUGUAAUCUGUCUUUUUACACUGUUUUACUUUAAUGUUGUAACACCAUUCUAGUCAUUAUUGUACUGAUGUGUUGCCAUAGAUUCCUUGAAAGAAAGAUUGUGUGUGAAAUCACACACUUCAGAAAAA